GACUAGUUGAGAAGAAGAAGAAGAAGAAGAACAAGGAAAGAAAAACUCCAUCAUCGGCAAAGGAGAAGAGAAGCGGGGGGACAUGGGGGCGGGGAGAGAGAUGUCGAUAUCCCUCGAUGCUGUCCGCGAUAAGAACGUCAUGCAGCUCAAGAAGCUCAACACUGCGCUUUUCCCCGUCCGCUACAACGAUAAGUACUAUUCCGAUGCCCUCUCCUCCGGCGACUUCACUAAGCUCGCUUAUUAUAGUGACAUAUGCGUUGGAUCAAUUGCUUGUCGUCUUGAGAAGAAUGAAGGGGGUUCAAUCCGUGCGUAUAUCAUGACAUUGGGAGUUCUUGCUCCGUAUCGCGGAUUGGGAAUCGGAUCCAAGUUGUUGAAUCAUGUGUUGGAUCUGUCCGCCAAGCAGAAUAUCUCCGAGAUAUACCUGCAUGUGCAGACAAAUAACGAUGAUGCCAUCGCAUUCUACAAGAAGUUUGGUUUUGAAAUCACUGACACAAUUCAGAAUUAUUAUGCAAACAUUACCCCACCAGAUUGCUAUGUUCUCAGUAAGUUCACUGGCCAAGCUCCUUCAAAGAAAUAGUCUUGUCAUCAGUUUCCUCCUCAGGAACCUUCUGUUUUAACCUGUGAUUCUACCCUUGUUUCUGAGGCAAUUUAGACUUCAAAUUCAUACUGGAGAUCUAAGACACUUUCUUCCUGCGAAUGAUAGUUGUAUUAUUUGCAAGCAUCAUGCUAGAAGUUCUCAGUUUCCACAUUGUUCCUUUGCAUAUUGAGCCCUUUUAAUGAGGUACAAGAAGCAAAAAUAGAAUGAUUUUUCUCCUGCUUAGGUGAAUAGGUGGCCAUUGUUUUGUGAUGUCCCAUUCUUCUUCUUCU